AUGGCUAGCUCGCCUCAGACGUCUGCUUCGUCAGUUGAUAGUGCUGCCACAUAUGACUCGAUCCAAUCAUAUAACAACGCCCUGCACGAGUAUACCAGGAAUCUUUGGAUGGAAGCUAGGCGUGAGGCUGAGAGCCGUUCAAAGAACCGAGCGACACAGAUUGCGCCUCUGAAGAAAAGCGGUCCAACAGCUUGA